GGUCAUUUGAAGUUAUUUUAUAAACAAGUCAGUGAGCAUCGUGUGCAGCUGAAAUUUUCGAUUUUGAUUAUUUGAUAAAGUACAAUGCCGGCCGUUGCUAAAUCAUCCAAAGUCAAACUAAAAGGGAAGAAGAAUGAAAAACAACCUCUUAUUUUGUCGAAGCCGAACAAGAAGCGCCCUCCGGUGAAGGAACAAAGCGAAAAAGGCAUCAUCUACAUAAAACAUCUUCCUCAUGGGUUCUUCGAGAAACAGUUGCGUUUGUUUUUCUCCCAAUUUGGCGAUGUCACCCGGGUUCACGUGGCUCGUUCGAAGAAAACAUUGCGCAGCCGAGGUUAUGCCUAUGUGGAAUUUCGCUACCGGGAAGUGGCUCAAAUCGCGGCCGAAACAAUGGAUAACUAUCUGAUGUUUGGUAAGAUACUGAGGACCGGUAUGCUUCCGGCUGGUGCCAAGCAUAUCCCGCGAAAAUAUGAGAUGGCUUACGAUGCAAAUGGGAACGAGACAAGCACUUACAAGAUAUGGGUCAAACGGUUGGUUGCCAAAAGUAACGGACGCGUCACGAAGACCGGGGUUGUCAAUCGCAACAAUAGGGCCCUGGCCAAGCUGAAACAACUUAAGGCUAAAUACGCGGAAAUGGGUGUCGAUUAUAGUGUUGACGAUAUUACUCCAACAUAUGCGGAAGCUGAUAUCAAAAAGCCGGAACAUGAUUCCGAGGAAGAAAAACUUCGAGCUGUGAAAGCAAAGAAGGCAUCCAGGCAGAAGAAAAAAAUGGAAAAACAGCAGACAUCCGUUCAGAGUAUGGGUACGAAUCCACCAAUUGAGGAUUCAUCAGAUGACGAUGAAGGUUCGAGCUUCCAGCCUUUGGAAUCCACAGAUUGGGAUAUGCCACAAUCCGAUGGGGAAGAUGGUAAAGGGGAACCAGGGGAGGGUAAAGUCUCCGUCAAAGGUCAGUCCUCUAAGUCAGCAGCUGUGAAGUUCGCUGCUAAAGCUAAAUUGAAAAUUGACAAAGAAAAGAGUAAACUGAAAAACAAGCCAAGUGAGCAGACCAAUAAAGUUGUUGAUUCCCAAGAAAAGGGGGGUAAACGUAAGAAGGAUAAGGCCAGCAAACCAGUUGAAACGGUAAUUCCUGAUACAACUGAGAGUGCACGAAAGGAAAAAGUGGGACCCAAGAAAGACCGAAAAGUUGCUGGUGGUGGCAUUGUCAAGAAAAGCAAAGCCAAAAAGCAGAAAGUCAUCGAAAAAGCUAGUAGUCCCCUUAAGGCAGCCGCUAAGGUACUCGUGGAGGAUCCAAGUGUACGAAAAGUUAAAGCAAAAAACAUGAAAAAGAAAAGGAAAGCGUAAUGUUCUGAAUAAAUAUUUUCUUUUCUUUAUUAAA